AUGCCUACAACGUUAACAGAUGUCUUUAGAGGCCAUCCCAUUCACCUCCCACACUCUCACCAACCUGACUUCACAUCCCUCCGUGAGCUCCCGGAUUCUUACACGUGGACCCCCAAAGACGAUCUCCUCUUCGCCGCCGCUCCUUCCCCUCCGGCCACCGGUGAAAACAUUCCUCUCAUCGACCUCAACCACCCCGACGCGGCCAGCCAAAUCGGCAGUGCAUGUAGAACUUGGGGUGCGUUCCAGAUCGCAAACCAUGGCGUGCCUUUGGAACUUCUCCAAGGCAUCGAGUUUCUCACCGGUAGUCUUUUCCGGCUACCUGUCAAACGCAAGCUUAAGGCGGCUCGGUCGGAGACAGGUGUCUCCGGCUACGGCGUCGCUCGUAUCUCAUCUUUCUUCAAUAAGCAAAUGUGGUCCGAAGGUUUCACCAUCACCGGUUCCCCACUCAACGAUUUCCGUAAACUUUGGCCCCAACUUCACCUCAACUACUGCGACCUCGUUGAAGAGUACGAGGAACAAAUGCAAAAGUUGGCAUCGAAGUUGAUGUGGUUAGCACUAAACUCACUUGGCGUUAGCGAAGAAGACAUUAAAUGGGCCAGUGUCAAUUCAGAUUUAAACUGGGCCCAGUCUGCUCUCCAGCUAAAUCACUACCCGGUUUGUCCUGAACCGGACCGGGCUAUGGGUCUAGCCGCCCAUACCGACUCUACUCUCCUAACCAUUCUCUACCAGAACAAUACCGCCGGUCUACAACUAUUUCGUGAUGAUCUUGGUUGGGUCACCGUGCCGCCGGUUCCAGGCUCGCUCGUGGUCAACGUUGGUGACCUCUUCCACAUCCUAUCCAACGGAUUGUUUAAAAGCGUGCUUCACCGCGCUCGAGUAAACCAAACCAAAUCCCGGUUAUCUGUGGCUUUCCUUUGGGGUCCACUGUCUGAUAUCAAGAUUUCACCUGUACCAAAGCUGGUUAGUCCUGUUGAGUCGCCUCUAUACCAAUCGGUCACAUGGAAAGAGUAUCUUCGAACAAAAGCAGUUCACUUCAAUAAAGCUCUGUCAAUGAUUAGAAAUCACGUAGAAGAAUAA